AUGCAGAACUACGAAAGGAAUUUUCUUGGACGCAUGCUCCUUGUUGCCUUUCGAAGAAAUGUGGUAGUUGGUAACGAGACUUUCCUCACUUCCUACAUUCAGAAUGCCUUGAAUGAUGCAUGGCUAGCGGAUCCCAUAAAAGCAAUUGUGCUUUUAAAUGCUGACGUUUAUGGUUCCCCACCAGACAAUCCUAUCCCAUAUGUUGGAACAUUCAGGACCGAUAUCCUUGGACAAAUGACCCUGAUUGUUGAAUUCCUAAACCAUUACAAGGCACCCUUCACUAGUAUAGCUCCUGGUAAUUUUGAACGCCACUGGGGCAUCUUUAGAUAUGGUGGGCAACCCAAGUUCCCUAUGGAUCUUUCAGAUACCAAGGAUAUGAGCAAACUGGCAGAAAACAUUAAUUAUGCUCGUACCUUUUCAGACCGUACGACCCUUGGGUAUGGUUCUUCCUGCAACAGAUUGGAUCCCAGUGAGAAUGCAACAUAUGCGUUUAAUAUGCAUUUCCAGGUCCAGAAUCAGAAAGAUUUGAGUUGUAACUUUCAGGGCCUCGCCAUGGUGACUGAUCAGAGUGUAUCUCAGGGGAACUACAACCUUACUGUUCAGAUAGCUACCUCUUAUUCUUCAAGCUUGUCACAUGUUGCUUUGGUAUUUUUAAUAUCAUUCAUUAUUCUAUUGCUAUAG